AUGGGAACCAAACCUGGAAAUCCUAUAAUCCGUGUCAAUGGCCACACUAUCGCACACUAUCACAGCCAACAACAACCACCACAACCAUUGCAGACACAGUCAAACCCGUUUCAAGCACACCAGCAAACAUCGACACCAAAAACAUCAUUUCCCGGUAUUAAUGGCUAUAACUAUAAUAAAAGUGAUGACAACAACAAUAGACAGUCAGCCGCAGGGGUCGGCUCCGGGACUCCCAAAGCCAUAGACUUACUGCAACAGAUCGGACCGUUCGCCGAGUCGUCUACCAUAGUGUUUGAGUGUUCGUCGAGUGGUGGGCGACCCCUACCCGAAGUGCGCUGGUAUAACGGCACGCGAGCCAUGCGGGCCAAAUUCACCGUGCUCACCGAUGGCAACGAUCAGGACCAUGGUGAUGCUCUAAUUAGUAACGGUGGUGAUUUAUCUACCGGCGGUACAGGUGCUGGUGGGGCUGGACCUACCGUGACGGCCACCAUGCGUAUCAUAGCCACCCGAUACGAUCUGGGUGCAAAGUUUGAGUGUCGCGUGUGGAAUAAUGCCACCCUGGUGCCCCUGUAUCAAUGGAUUAGGCUGGAUAUCCAGGUGAAACCGUUGCAGUUGACAGUGAGGGGCCCGACACAGGCCGUUGUUGCUGGUGAGAUGGUCAGUCUAACGUGCUCGGUCGAUGGCGCCCGACCGGCCGCUAAUAUAACCUGGUAUAAUAGGUCCGAAGUGGUCGCCCCUCACCCCCUGCCUAGUACUGAUUUGAUGAGCGAUGGCACUUAUAGGACGUCGAGCACACUGGUGUUUAUAGCAUCUAGACACGAUCACCUUGGUGACUUUUUCUGCAAGGGCUCCAAUCAAGUGCUCCGCAGCCGUAAUGAAGUGCCACUACUUCAGGGAACGCGACUACAAGUGCUCUGUAAGUACUCAAUACAUUCAAUCAUUACAUACCUGUCCACAACAUUACGGCGCGCGCUUAAUUACCCCAAUGCUAUCACUAUAGUUUAUAAGUUAAUUGGCGAAUCAUAA